GUUUGAACGCGAAGCGGGUCCCUCUCGACUCGGGAUGGUUUUGUCAAAUAGAUGGAUUAUACUUGCAACUGAAUUGUAUUUUCGUUAAGUCAGAGCUGACAGUUGAGUAACUGUUUCAUGACUGGACUAAACUCAGCAAACCGGGUUAACUUAACUUCCUUUAACUUGCCUGGGAAGUUUAUUUAAUGUUAAGUUAGCUGUUCCGGCUAGGUUAACUUCAGUUGUCGCCCAUGCUAGUCGGCUAAACUUAGCCAACGUCAGGAAAGUGACAGAAACUGUUUUAGUCUCAUCUGAGGUGGUGACUUGAAUGCGUUUUGAUCUCUCCUGUACUUUGACACCUUUGACAUAAAGUGAGAAACUGUUGGAGGCACCGAAAGAUGACUCGAGGGAAGCCUUUGUUUAUGAAAACCUACGGCCGGCAGAAGAGGAAGAUUUCUGCCUGGAUCUCCCCCGACAUCCGCAGGCAGGCCUUCGAGAGCACCGCCUCCUCAGAGACUGACGCCUCCGUCUUUGAGCCAGCAAAACCCGCUAAGACAAGCAAGAGGAGGACUAGUGUUGCGAGUCACAGAGUGGGGCGUCAUGCUAAGAAAAAAGCCAUGCAGUGUCUGAAGGAGAUGGACAGUGAUGAGGAGAAUAUCUGUGUUCCCUCUCCUCCUCGUCUUCACCCCGCUCAGCAGGACAAGACAACCAGGGAACGUAAGCUGGCCUCUACAGCAGCAGGCUUGCUGAGGCCGAGUGCAAAGCAGGUUCUGAUGACAAGCGAGAGUGAGGAUGACUGUUCAUCUGCUCCGAAACGUUGCAAGAUCAUGUUUGGAAGGAAAAGAAAUUCUAGUAUUGACCCUCCUUCUGUUGGCCGCUUUGUUACCCGCCGUAGGGGAGCAGGUGUUUCCAAACCCAAAUUCUCCAAACCUGCUGUCAGUGUACUCAACUCCUCUGAUGACUUUGUCCCAGGAAGAGGUGCUUCUGGUAGCUCUAGGAUUCUUGGUCCCUCCAGGCGUAGGCCCCUCAAAUCCUUUCUCAUGUCCAGUGCUGAGAAUUCUGUGACUGCUGCAGGGAAUGCCAGCUCUUCCAUUAACCCUCUCCGAGAGAUCUCCCUCAACGAGUCUGCGGACCACAGCCUUGGACCCUGCGCCAGGAAACCCCUCUUCUGCUCCACACCUUCAGCACGCCCGCUUGGCCAACGGCCACGCCUUAAACCAUUUCCCAUCAGUGAUCAGUGCUCCACCUCUCCGUCCAUCUCUGUAAGCCAUAUCGAUGUUGUGAGUACGUUCCAAGAAGAUUUGGAUUCAUCAGAACAGCCCCUCUCCCCACCGAGCUCUGCACCUGUCAGGGAGCUCAGCUCUGGGGGGAAGCAACAGUCUGCCCUCAGUGAGCCACAAAAAGCACCAGGCACACAUGACUGUGCAGAAUCCUUUAACCAUUUUGUAAACACACAGAGGGGCACAGACAGGAGUAGCUGUAGUGAGAGAGACAAAAGCUCAAAAGAAGCAGAGACUCCAAAUGGAGCCAAAGCACUGCUUUCCUCAGAAACUGAAGACAGCAGCAAUUUUGUGUCAGCUUCAGGAGAGUUAAAGUGGCUGGUUGAAGCUCUAAAGGACAAUUGUUUGACCCAGCGCUGCAGUGUCCAGCUGGAGAGAGUAGACAAACUGAUCAUGACACUGCUUCACUGUCAGACCACCUACUCGUCCUGUUUGGACCACUUGAGCUCCGUCCACAGCCAACAAAUCUCUGAGCAUCUGCUGUCUGUGCAGGGCAGUCAUACUGUUGAUCCUUCACGUUCUUUGCAUCUUACUCUGUCUAUGACAGGCAAUGAAACCUGUGACUCUUUGCAGUUUGUAAACAGUUGUGAAUCUACUGAUGCUGUACCCUCAGUGACUGACAGUCAAAGCUUUGAUAUCUCACAAUCAGCUGAACACACCACCAAUGAAUCCACUGACCAGCCAAUGUCAGUAGAUGGUACUGAAUCUAUCCAGCAUACAGACAGCAUUGUUGAGGUUAUUACUCAUGUGAAAUCACCAGACAACAGCCUUUCUAUCAAGCAGACACUGCCUGCCACUAAGAAAUGCACAGUCCAGCUCGAAAGAUUGGCUAUGCCACAACUGACUGUAUUACAGCAGCAUGAGUUCAUACACCAUACAGAACCAAGUUUAGAGGUGAAGUUUGUUCCUCCACAAGCAAACAAGUCUGAUAGUGACCACCCUGACGGCCACACUUGGUUAGCGAAAACUGAUGAGAGAAAAAUGGCCUCAGAUGCUAAGUCAGUGCACCAUAGCAAUUCUCUUGAUCCAGGCACUAAAGAGAGGGAACCAUCACUAACAGCCAAGCUGAUGGAGAAAUGUCUCACAGAAAAACAGACAGUUGCUGUAAAGAAAUCCUCUCUUCCCAACCAGAAGGAAACUCUACAACUCAAAGACACCACACUCAAGUCAUCCACAGAUGAUUCAGACUCAGCCAGCGAUGGCCAGUUUACCAAGAUGUCAUCAAGGAAUGAUCACAUGUCUGAGAGAGACCGCAGGAUGAAAGCUGAUCAACGUGGUCUUAAAGCCAGACAAGACAAGAGUAAGAGGCGCAUGUCCACAGACCGACCCGGGACAACCAGGAAAGUGUGUGUGAGUGGUCUGAGUGUGAGUCGCUGGAAAAACAAAAGCAACACCAGUGCACACGUUUUUCAGAGCCGGGACUGCAGUAUCACUGAACUGAUGCCUACACAGCACAAACAGCCCAAGGAGCUGCUUGGCACCAGUGGGAUUUUCUGUACACCAGCAAAAGUGAACCGGCUCAACCUCUCCUCACUGUUGGCUGACCUCACACCCAACACACACACCUGGAGUCGCCUCAAAGCCGCCCUGUCUGUUCACCGUAAAACCAAGGUAUCCUGCUCUGGAAGGAGUUUCCCUCAACCUUUGUUGAUCUCUCCGGGAGGAGGGGAGCUAGCAGAUCUCAGUCAGGAUCUCUUUGCCACGCCUCUUCGUGCAGCACUCCCUGAGCGUUUCCGGUCUCAGCUGCUGAAGAGCACUUCUGUGGCUGUGUGUGAGGACACCUUUCUUUCAGAUGCAGAGAAGGUGUAUGCCGAGUGCAACCAGGAGGGUCCUCUGCCCUGGGAGGAGUGUAUCCUCCCUCAGCGUAUAAAACAGUGUGUGAAGAUAGGGGAGGGCACUUUUGGAGAAGUCUUCUCCACCACCAAUUCAUCUGGAGACACUGUUGCACUCAAAAUUAUUCCAUUAGAGGGCAAUGAGAAGGUUAAUGGAGAGGACCAGAAGUCCUUUGGAGAGAUUCUUCACGAGAUUAUAAUCUCCAAGGAGCUGAGCCGCCUGAAGGAGAAGCCGCACAACCAGUCUCAAGGCUUUAUUGGACUCAACGAUCUCCACUGUGUACGAGGCUGCUACCCUCCGGCCCUCCUGAAAGCUUGGGAUGCCUUUGACGAACAGAGAGGCUCUGAGAAUGACAGACCAGAUUUCUUUGAAAAGGAACAACUAUUUCUCAUCCUGGAGUUUGAGUUCGGAGGCAGCGACCUCGAGAACAGCAAUGGAACGCUGGCCUCUCUGGUGGUGGCCAAGAGCAUCCUCCACCAAGUCACCGCUGCCUUGGCUGUAGCUGAGCAGGAGCUCCACUUUGAACACCGGGACCUCCACUGGGGCAACGUGCUGGUCAAAACCACCAAGCAGAAGAGGGGGAGCUUCCUCCUCAAUGGAACAGCCCACUCUCUGGACACCAGAGGGGUGCUCGUCCGCAUCAUUGACUACUCACUCUCCAGACUAGAAAUUGAUGGCCUGACAGUGUCGUGCGACAUCUCUGAGGAUGAGGAGCUGUUCAUGGGCCAGGGAGACUACCAGUUUGACAUCUACAGGCUGAUGAGACAGGAGAAUGGUAACAACUGGAGUGACUACCAGCCCCAUUCCAAUGUGCUGUGGCUCCACUACUUGUGCUGCAAGCUGCUGUCCAUGAAGUACCGGGGACCAGGAGGGAGGGGUGCCAAGGACACGCGAGACGAGCUCACUCGUUUCCGUGACAACGUCCUCCAGUACGGCUCUGCCACUGAGGUGCUGCAAACCUCCCCAAUGUUUCAGUAGGAUGUGAGCGUUUAAUACACAAGUGUGAGCACACCCCCAUGCAGACUCGCUCUCUUUUUAUGAACCAUGUGCAUUUCUGUGAAACACUAAACUGCCACGUAAAAGUGUCUCACAUGUUGAAGGUUCUUGAAUACAACUGUGUAUUACUACUGUUGGCUGAACUUCAUAUGUCUUUAUGUAAAAUACAUUAUAUAGCAGAUCAUUGUCUCAAAGGAGGGCAGCAUAUUGCAACAUUUGUACAUGUGACAUCAUUUGUAAAUGUAAAAAUGCAAGCACAUACUUGAAUAAAGUGCGCAAUAGUCAUCAAUGAUGCAUCUGUUGUUUUUGGUAAAUGUUAGUCAUCUUGUUUUGCAGUUUCCACUGGUCCCUGCCCAUCUCUGACAUGAAGGAAAAAAAAUAUGUUUUUUUUUAAUGCUAUUUGAAAUGUAUCCAUGCAGUAUUAAAAUGUGUUAAUAGGAUUAA